ACAUUAGUCACGUUUUUCCGACUGUUGAUUACGAAAUGACAACGGAGUUCCUUUACUAAAACAAAAGGGUAUAUUUACAAAAUUAUUAUCUUAAAAAAGUUAUGGAGGAUAAACCUAAAGCGGAUCCAGAAGUAGGGCCCCGCAGUGGAGCUGCUACUGAACAGAUAAAUCAUGGAAAAACAAGUUAUUUUGGUCAUUUGAAAAAGUCAGUUUUUGACGAUAUACAAAAAAUUGAACAGAAGAAGCAAACUGAAAUGAAGAAGGUUAGCACUCAAGCUUGGGAUAUGGUUAUGCAAAUUAAAAAUAAGGAAGCCCGCUUGCUUAAUGAAUUGAAGAGUUUUUAUGGACAACAGCAAAAUGAGCUUAAGAACGUUUUGGAUUAUUAUUCCCUAUUACAAAGAGCACCUGAUUUUACGACGAGUUCCGCUUCUGGUAUAUUAGACGAUCAAAUUGAAGGAAUAAAGAGCAAACUGCAAAAGAUACAGAGGGACGUCAUUAAACCGGAAGUUGUUUACAAUUCAGCAGGAAUUGUAGAAAAUUUUGUCCUUGGUGAGUUGAGUUACACAAAUAAUAGGGUCGAACAUCAACGAGAGAAAAGAAUUUCGGUAAAUGGAAUAAUUACAAGAGUUCGUUCUUUUUCGAAUAAAAUGUACGCAAUUCUAAAAACACCAAAUGACGUUACAUUCAUUAAUGUGGAAAAUUUCAACGAACAAUAUAUAUUCAACUUGGAUUAUCGAAAAUAUAAAUCUUCAUGCAAGGAUGAAGAAGAAGCCAGAAAGCUAACAGUAGCCCACGAUCUAAACUAUAAAUUUCAAUCGGAAAAUUACGAUAUAUGUCGAGGUCCUGACGGAAGUCUCUAUCUCUUGGUCGAAUUCGAGAGUAUUACUAAAGCAAGGAUAUUAAAAGCUGCUCCAAAUCUCACUGCUAUAGAGGAAAAUGAAAAUCUAACAAUUACUCGGGGAACUAAACCCGUCAAUAAAAAUGAAAUCCAACAAAUGUUCUUCUCAGUUAGGGAUCAUCUCCUAACUUACGAUUGUACUACAAAUAAUUUUAUAGCCUAUAGCGGAGAUAAAAUGAUAAUUGACACAAAAUAUUACGAUGACGCUCUAUAUUUAUUAGAAGCAGAUAUGAAAAUUCACAAAUUAACCAGCAACAGAAGUAUUAUAGUUAAUUCAACAUUUCAGUGCAAGAAUUCAAUCAAUUACGCAACUUGUUUAAAAAGUUUAGUUAUAAAUUUAGUAAAUAAUGGUAUUCUACUAUUCGAUGCAAAUUUUAUAUAUGCAAUCAAUACUAAAUUUGAAACAGCAGUAAUUUACCAACAAAAGGAUAUAAUAGAAGGACAAAUACUUGGUUAUACAAAGAACAAUGGUACUAUCGUCUUUGCAGUUAAGAGUCAAAAUGGAAAAGAGAUUCUAUUGAAAUAUUUUUGAAUAUAUUUUACAUUUAUGAGAAGAGAAAUAAUUGACUUUUGUAUGCUACAUAUAGAUGUUUGUAAAUAUUGGAAAAGUUUGAUUCUAUUAUAUAUACAACAGAUAAAAUAUACUUAUUUGUUUGUAGAAAGAAUGACUAUUUUCAUAGUUGUAUAGCUUUAAACAUGCAAAAUUGAUGAAGAAUUUGUGGAAUUUAUCUUGGCUCUGUGGCUUAGUUGGUUAAAGCGCCUGUCUAGUAAACAGGAGAUCGAGGGUUCGAAUCCCUCCAGAGCCUUUUUGUUCCAGUAUGCUCUUAUAUUUGCUACUUUUUUUUAUGCAUUUUCAAUUAUCACCAAAUUCCUUCACGAAUAUGCAGAAUAUUCCAAUCUGGGCAACUUUAGCCUAGUCUGUAAAGAUAACUAUAUAAAAUUGAGAUUGUUAAUUUU